CAGAGAAAAGCAGAAAACAGUUGAGAAGUUGGACAGAGACGGGGCCGCGGGCGCGCGUGUUGACUGUGCGGCGCGAUGUCGGCGCGCGUGUAGUGGUGCUAUGUGUGCGGCGAUGGCAGCGCGCGCUUGUGUAUAAAAUUGGACUCGCGGACGAAACCAUUUUUCAAUGAUGAUGCAAGGGCUGUCCGCGUGAACGUCGACGGUUUCUCGCUAUUCGAACCCAUUUUCUACUUAAAUUUAUGGUUUUCAUCGGAUUGUGAAUGUCCUGAUUGCGUUUUCGUGAUUUCGAUUUACAACGAGGAAAAUUUGCGUGGUUUGGUACGUGUUUUGGUUUCGACGGAUUCGACGAGCAGCAGAAAAGUGGGUCUGCCUAUUUACAUCGUCAUCACCAUCUAUCUAUCUGCCGAAUAUUUCGUAUUUGCAAACAGUGGACCGGAAAAGUUUUGGUACACAGAGAAAAUAAGAUAUUGAAAUUCUAGAAGAGCAAUAGAAUUGACACUAUGCACAAAAAGUUAAAGGCAUGAAAGCCAUACAAUUGCAUCGUUUGAGUCAUUCACAAGGGAAAACAUAGUGAAAGACACCAAUGUAAUUUUCUGGUAGAUUUUAUGUCUUCAAUAAACAUCAACAUCAUCAGUAGAUACGGUCAUCGUAAAAAAGUAGAUCGAUCAAUAUAUUUAUGGGAAUGAUGAAGCGGACACGGGUGGAAGAAGUGCAGUUUGGUUCUCGGCCAGCUGGUGCUGGUGGAGGAGGUGGUCCACCGACGCAUCAUCGGUUAUUAACAUCACAACAUGCGGGUGGAGCUACAAUACAAUAUCAGCUAACAUCGGCACCAGCUUCAGGAGUCUUGAAAACUGGUGGCAAUAUCAACGACGGACCAACUGUAGGCAAUGCAAGUUUGUCAGUGCAAGCAUCAACUGUUCAAUAUUCAACAACUCACAAUCCUCCAUCCAUAGUUGGAAACAUUACAAAAUCAAGUGGUCAAAUUCAAGGCGGCGGUGGCGGAGAUAUAACAGCGAAUAGCGGAGUAGGCCCUCUUCAUGCGGCCAAUCCAGUAAUGAAUCCUGCAAACACAAUACGACAUAAAUCAUCCCCUGCCAGUGGCAUGGGCGGCAAUGCAAAUAUGAAUCCACAGGUUGGUGCGCCCGUUGCGCAGCCUGGCACCGGAGCUCCGCCAACCCGUUUAAAAGUUGAAGAUGCGUUAAGUUAUCUAGAUCAAGUGAAGUAUCAAUACGCUGAUCAACCGCAAAUAUACAACAAUUUUCUUGACAUAAUGAAAGAGUUCAAGUCUCAGACAAUCGAUACUCCUGGAGUUAUUCAACGGGUUUCGAAUUUAUUCCAAGGUCAUCCUGAACUGAUCUUUGGCUUCAAUAUGUUUCUUCCACCCGGAUAUAAAAUUGAGAUUCAAUCGAACGAAGAGGGAAUACAGUUCCCUGUUGUCUCGAUGCCUCCGGGAGGGGGAACGGUUCAAUGUCUGCCGCCGGCAAGUCCGGCUCAUAAACCCAGUGCCGGAUCGGUUGUGCAUCAAGUUCCAUCAAAUGCAGUAAAUUUGAUGGCACAUUCAGGCGUUCCAGCAGGAAGUGGUACAAUCAGUGCUGGUGGCAUACCGCCACCACAACACAGUUCGUUGCCACCACCGCAACAGUCACCAUCUGGACAAAUUCCGGCCCCAGUGGCGCCUCAGAAUUUUUCCCGUGAUAGAGAACGAAGUUUAGCACAGCCGAUGGCUAAUAUGGUAGGGCCGCUCACACCAUCAUCAGCUCCGACAAACGAUUUGAACAGUCAAGGCCAUAACUUACAUCACAUUUCACAAGCUCAUCAAUCCAUAAUGCAAGGAGAGUCCGGUGCACAACAAAAUCAACCUGUGGAAUUCAAUCAUGCCAUUUCAUAUGUUAAUAAAAUUAAGAAUCGUUUUCAAACCCAACCUGAAAAAUACAAGCGCUUCUUGGAAAUUCUUCACGCCUAUCAAAAGGAUCAGAAAGGAAUAAAAGAUGGGCCUGGUGGUGGUAAGCAGUUGACGGAAGCUGAAGUUUAUACGCAAGUAGCAAAACUUUUCGAUAAACAAGAUGAUCUCUUGCGAGAAUUUGGUCAAUUCCUGCCAGACGCAACCAAUCAUUCCGCUCAAUACAUGAAUAAAACGCACAAUGAUCACAAGAACAUUUCUGGUAGCAAUGCAGUCGGAACAGUCCCACAUGGAAUGAGUGGUGGCUUGAAAAACUACAAUAACUCGCAAAACAAUUUGGCACGUCCGGAGCGCGAUCAUUACGAAAAAGACUACAAUAUUUCAAGAGAAAAAGAUCGGAACCAUAUCAAUCAGAAAUUCGGCCAUAACAGUUCAGGGGCUAAGAAAUCGCCGUGCUACAGCUCAAUACCAGUCGGUCAUAUCCCGCGAAGGCCAGAAGAUCGUGAUCUAGGCCCUCCGGCUAAGCGUUAUAAACCAAUCAGCCGAGAUGUUACGGUAGCUGAAGCAUCUAAAUAUGGGACUCUCGCCGAUGCGGCAUUUUUUGAUAAAGUUCGAAAAGCGCUACGAAGCCCGGAAGUUUAUGAUAACUUUCUCCGAUGUCUGGUACUAUUCAAUCAGGAAGUAAUUUCGAAAUCCGAGUUGUUGGGGUUAGUUUCACCAUUCCUCAGUAAAUUCCCAGAGCUUCAUCGCUGGUUUCAAGAUUUUCUGGGGCCAGCCACCGUUCCAGAAGGAAUUCCACUUGGUACAGCUCAACGGUCCGAUCGGUCUCAAGCUGGGGAGCUGGCACAGGAAAUUGAUUUGUCAUCAUGUAAACGACUGGGUGCCAGCUACUGUGCCUUGCCAAAAACAUCCGAGCCAAAGAAAUGCUCGGGCCGUGCCGCACUGCCACGUGAAGUGAGAGAAGCUCUGAAUGAUACGUGGGUUUCAUUCCCAACCUGGGCAAGUGAAGACUCGACUUUUGUAACGUCACGAAAGACCCAGUUUGAGGAGAUUAUUUACAGAAAAAUUCACAGGUGUGAGGACGAACGCUUCGAACUAGACGUAGUAAUCGAGACGAACAGCGAUACAAUAAGAGUGCUAGAGGGAGUUCAGAAGCAGAUGUCCCGCAUGUCACAAGAAGACGUUUCGCGAUUCCGGUUGGAUGACUACCUUGGUGGCACAUCGCAAACGAUACAUCAACGUGCCCUGCGUCGAAUCUAUGGUGACAAGUCGAAUGACAUAAUUCAGGGCUUGAAGAAAACUCCGGCGGUUGUAGUUCCCCUAGUUCUUAAGCGAUUAAAGUCCAAAGAAGAGGAGUGGCGAGAAGCUCAGAAGAACUUUAAUAAACAAUGGCGAGAGCAAAAUGAAAAGUAUUAUUUGAAAUCGCUCGAUCAUCAAGCGAUCAACUUUAAGCCGAAUGACAUAAAAGCGUUGCGUUCGAAGAGUCUAUUCAAUGAAAUCGAGACAUUAUAUGAUGAGCGCCAUGAGCAAAAUGAAGAGAAUUCAGGUGAACCCGUCACUGGCCCUCACCUAGUUCUACCAUACAAAGACAAAACCAUUCUAGAUGACGCCGCAAAUCUGCUGAUACAUCAUGUGAAGCGACAAACCGGCAUUCAAAAACAAGAGAAAACCAAGAUCAAACAUAUUCUUCGCCAAUUUAUUCCCGAUUUAUUCUUCUCAGCUCGGCAGCCGCUAAGUGACGAUGAGCGGGAAGAUGUAUUCCCAUUUUCAAUAGAUGACAAGGAGAUGGACGUAGACGCGUCUGACGCCGAUUCCAUUAAAGCAAAACUAAAUUCGGUACAACAGUCGUCCAGCUCGUCGUCUGUGACUUCGAGUACGGGUGCACUAGCCACAAUUAAAUCUGAAGACGGCAGCCUAGUUGCGGGAGGAGUCUGUAGUGGCUUAUCUACAACGAAUAAUCACUCGGCCACGACCCAGUCGAUUGUCUCAUCGUCAGUUUUCUCAACGGGUACAACAACAAUAUCUGCACUCCCAUCACCAAUGACACCGUCUGCCAAUACGCUUAGUGCCACAUCUGCAAUGCUUCCAUCAUCACGUGAUAAAAGUGAUAGUUCAGUUGAUCGGACGCACACCGGUGGUAAAAGUUCCGAGGAUAUAUCGCCGGUAUCGUCGACGGCUAUUACAAAGUUAUCGCCGUCGAAUAUUGCGGCGACUUUGUCGACGACAAUGGGUGGUAACGGUGCGAGUGGUUCGAAUAGUAAAUCACAGUCAUUUACGAAUAGUGGGGGUGCUGUUGGUGGCAAUGUUCUUAGUUGUAUUACAGAAAUAUCAAAUAGCAGUGAUAGUAAAGUGAUAGCAAGUGAAAGUAUAUCGUCAGCAAUUGUCGGUAGUGGUAGCGCCGAUGCGGCAGCCGUCGCAAGCAAUAAUAGUGGUCUUAAAUGUGAUACUUCGUCUAGUUUAAGUGGUCUUCAGUCAUCAAAUCUCAAGCUUGAAAUUAAGGAUGAGAGCGAUAAUGAAGGACAACCUGCAGCAUUACCAUUACAUGCAAUCAGCAAGCAUUCGGAGGAGGCUUACACGCUGUUCUUCGCAAACAAUAAUUGGUACUUAUUUCUUCGGUUACAUGCAAUCUUGUGCGAACGUCUACGCACAAUGUACGAACGCGCACAAAUUCUUGCCGCCGAAGAAGAAAAAUAUCGUUCAAAUCGUCGCGAAAGUACUGCGACUGCAUUAAGACUGAAGCCAAAAAGUGAAAUACAAGUUGAAGAUUACUAUCCCACGUUCUUAGAGAUGUUAAAAAACGUUCUUGAUGGCAAUAUGGAUUCGAAUAACUAUGAGGAUUCAUUACGAGAGAUGUUUGGCAUCCAUGCAUAUAUAGCCUUCACUUUGGACAGGGUGGUAACGAAUGCAGUGCGGCAAUUACAACAUUGUGUAACUGAACGUGGUGCUCUCGAGUGUGUAGAAAUUUUACAUGCAGAGCAACGGAAAAAUGGUGCAGGUGGCGUUUGUAGAAAUGCGAAUAAAAGACUGGCUGCCGAAUUGGCAUAUCAGCGGCGAGCGGAAGCAGCCCUUCAGGACGAAAAUUGCUUCAAAGUGUACAUAUACAAAAUUGAUUGCCGAGUUACAAUUGAACUUCUUGAUACUGAAACGGAUGACAACGACAAGUGUGUGUCGAAUACUCAAACAUGGAAUAAAUAUGUGGAAAGACUGAGCAAUCCGGCAGCAACCAGUUCGGCAGCGAAUCGUAUGAGCGCGCAUGAUUCGGUUGAAAUAAAAACUGAACGACCUGAAGACGAUAUGGUCAAACAAAAGGUAUAAAAAUAAGCACAAAAUCAACAGAAUCAUUAAUCUCGCAAAAUGAAUGAAGCAUAAACAUAAAUUCCAAUCAUGAUAGCUCUCCGACACUUUUCAUAGAAUUUUUAGUUCCCAUUUAACUUGUUCUUCGCUUCCAAGCCAUUUUAAGCAAUACACAUAGUUUUUAGUGUAUUUGUGUACACUUUUAUACGAAUAGAUUGUGAUAAGUCUUCUCUUAUAUUAUAAUCUUGCAAAAUGGAUCAGAUACAAUACUCUCAAUAAGUUUCCUGUUAAAUGACUUCUAGCCUUUGAUUGAAACCUUGGUAAAAUUGCAAACUGAAGAUCAUAGCAUUUACAGCAAUAGUGCGGAUCAAAAUUAUGGUCAUUAAUAAGGAAGGAUCUGCAUUCGGUUUUUAUUCUGAUGUAUAAUUGGCGUACAAAAGCUAGUUGAUAGCAUCCAUAAAACAAGCAUUUCUGCCUUUCCCGACUAGUUUUCAGUCAUCGACCAUUUGAAACAUUCCAACUUUAGGUUGCUGACAAUGUACAUUAGUAUUAAAUUCAACGUUUCUGAACAAUUGCGUUCCCAUCAUUCAUCCUGUUCACUGAAAGGCAUCCAUCCCUCCUAUUCAAAAGCCAUUUUAAAAAUAACUUCGCUUUGAAGAAUCGUCAAAUCAAAAUAGGGAACGCUUUUACAGAUUAAACUUGAUUAUGUUCAUUUCAAAGUUGUUCACCGAAAUUUGGGGACAUUUCAGUUUUCUAACAAUUAAAUGUCCAAGAAAUUAUAACUCAACAUUUAUUGUCGAUCAAAUUUUGAAUUACAUUUUGGCUUGUUUUUUUUUUACAAUUCGUAAUCCAUUAAAUCAAUUCCUAGAUAUGCUAAGAAUAAGAGAAGCCUUCCUGCCGCACGCGUUUUCUUUGCACAAGAAAAAGUCAAGUCAUAUUUCAUGUUUCACGCAAUUCACUCAUUGACAGAAGAAGCAUAAAUUUUUAAAACUUGCAAUAAUAUUUUGUUCCAUACUCUUUUUUGCGUAGAGUUAAUUAUGAGAAAAUGACUUGCUAUUGUGAAUAAAAGAGACUUAACACAGAGAUUUAAUUGCGUGUUAUCGCAAAUUCUUUGUGCUCUGUGCGUGUUUCACAAUCUAUUUGUAAAAGUGAUUGAUUACAUGAGUAAACCUUGUGACAGAAAUGUAUUUUUUGUAUCUUCAUCUCAGCGUAUUUAACAUAACCCUUUGUACAAUUUAUACAUAUUGAAAAGCAAACUAACAAUGGAAGCAGUAAUUGAUAGUAGGCUCGUUCACCCCUAAUGGCAAAUGUCAUGCCAGCUUAGAAUAUAUUUCCAUCGCAGUAGAAAGUGUAAAUAGAAAUAUCUAAAUGGUAAAUAAAUGCAUCGAUACGUCUUGUUGAAAUCUUUUCUGUAAAUCUAUUGAUGUAAUAAAUGUUAUUUUAUACUAUUUUUUCAAAUUACGGUUGUUUGUGAAUAUUGAUUUUUUUUAAAAUGAAAGGUCAUAUACAAAGAGGAAUUUAUAUAUUUUUUAAAAGAACAUAUAAAGUUUUAAAAUAUAUAAUAAAACGAAUGCUGCUACGGAUAAAGUUAUAGUAAACUAAGCAAAAAGACAUAUAAAUACAUCAAUUGUAAAAAGAAGUAGAACUGUAAGUUAAGGAUAAUUCAUCUAUUCGGAUUGCAGAAAGGAUAAUACAAACAAAUUCUAAUUAUAAUCAAAUUUUGAACAUUUUAAGAAAUACAUAGAGAAAACGAUUUAAAACGGAA